UAAUGAUUCAGUUACUAUAAUUAGGCGACACUGAAGACUAAACAUACUAAAAGUUACUAAAACCAGUAAAGCACUAGUCACUAGAUCUGGAAUCUAAAUAUAUAUAUAGAUCUAGGUCUAGCAACAGAAUCUAUAGACUCAGAUAAUUCACAUGUCUAAAAUCUAGAGUAGAUCUAGAUCUAGAAUAAAAGUGAAGAUGAGCGAUUUUGUACGGAUUCACCCUUAUCAAUUUGUCCAUGUUUUGGAUCUGAAUACAAAUAUUGUCCACCUGGUUGAAGGUCCCAAAACCUUAAUGCUACAGAGCCAUGAGAAGCUUGUUGCUGGACCAUUGCCUAUGAUAGUUAUACCACCUGGUCAUUACUGCAUUGUCAAUGACCCAAUAAGGUCAUACUCUCCUGGUGGCAAAUGUGAUCUUGAUUUGGGUCAAACUAAGGUCAAAUUUCAUGGGGAAGCAUUUCCUCUUUACCCUGGAGAGUAUUUGGCAGCGGCUCCUAACUAUAUCAAAGGGUCAGGAGAUUACUCAUCUGCUAUAAAACCUCUACCAGUGGUGAAAGCUAACCAUGCUAUCAGGCUUGAUGCCAUCAUUGAUCAUAAGGAUGAAGAUGGUAUUUGGAGAAAGGCUGGAGACAUUUGGCAGCUGAAAGGACCCUUGACCUACAAGCCUAAGCCUGAAGUGCGCAUUAAAGAAAUAAUUGAACCAAAGAUAAUCAAGUCUGGCCAGGUGAUCAAAUUAAGAGCUACCCAAGACACUGAGGACAGUUUUGGAAAUUUUAGAGUCACAGGAGAGGAAUGGCUGGUUAAGGAACCUGGAGCCUAUUUACCUGGCGUGUUUGAAGAGGUAGUCUCAAUAGAAGAUGUCAUGACCCUGACACAAGAUGUUGGACUACAUUUAAAAGCUACACAAACUUUGACAGAUUUAACUGGCAAGAAGAGACAGGCUGGGGAGGAGUGGCUUCUAACUAGUGAUGUCUCCACAGAGUAUUCAACUCAAGUUGGUGUGGAAGUGGUUCAAACUAUUAAAAAGACUGUACUUAAAAAAGGACAAUAUGCUGUGAUACUAAAUCCUAUUGACAAGCAAGGUCGACCACAGUAUGGACAGAAAGAGCUUCGAGUUGGACUUAGUAGUUUUUUUCUACAUCCAGGAGAAAGCCUUGAGGAUAACAAAAUCAACAGUGCCUAUGUUUUAUCUGAGAAUGACUCCAUCAUUCUUCAAGCAUUGGAAAACUUGGAUGAUGUGGUGGAUGGCAAGAAACUCAAUCGUAAAACUGGGGAUAUAUGGCUAAUUAAAGGACCGUUAAACUAUAUACCUCCAGUCAAUGUGAAAAUUAUUAAACAAAGGAAAACAAUCCCACUGAGUAAAAAUGAAGGCGUUUAUGUCCAAGAUAAACACAAUGGGAAAGUGCGUUUAGUUAUGGGACCUUGUGCCUUAUUGUUGAAAGCAACAGAGGAUUUGUGGCAGAAAGAGCUAAGUGAUGAAGUGGAACAGUUGUUGAGUAAUGGUGGUGGUCUAGGUUCAGGUGACAUAAGAAAGCUGGCCUACUAUGAGCAAUCUAUUGAUCCUUCUAUCCUAAAGGGCCGAGACAAAACUAGGGUUGUUACCUAUCGCUGCCCAAGCAAUACGGCUGUACAGAUCUAUGACUACAAGAAGAAGACUGCUCGAGUCAUCUUUGGACCUGAUUUAGUCGUUCUUGGUCCUCAUGAAAACUUCAAUGUGCUCAGUUUAAGUGCUGGCAAGCCCAAAAAAGAAAAUGCUCUCAAAUCUCUGUGCUUAAUGUUAGGGCCCGACUUUAUAUCUGAUAUCAUUGAGGUGGAAACAUCAGAUCACGCCAGACUACGUUUACAACUGUCUUUUAAUAACCAUUUUGAGGUGAACAAAAAUGAAGAAACAAGUUCUCAGAAAAUUUUUGCUGUUCCAGAUUUUAUAGGUUUUGCUUGCCGUCAAAUUGGAAGCAGAAUUCGUGCCAGUGUUGCACUAACAUCAUUUGAUUCCUUUCAUCGUUACUCUGCCAAAAUUAUAAAUACAGCAGUGUUUGGCAAUGACUCACAAGGGAAUCCUGCCACUGUUCUUAAGUUUCAUGUCAAUAACCUGGUAGUUAGCAGCAUUGAUAUCCAGAGCAUAGAGCCUGUAGAUGUGAAGAUGAGAGACAGUCUGAGUAAAUCAGUGCAGCUUGCCAUUGAAAUAUCUACCAAAUCUAUUGAAGCCUCUGCAUCCCAUGAAGCCAAGCGUGAGGAACAGAUUGCCAAAGGUCAGCUGGAGCGCCAAAUUUUAAAAACGGAGAAAGAAUCUGAAAAGGAGAGAGCUAAACUGUAUGAACUGCGAGCCCUAGCCUCUGCCGUGGAGUCCACUGGUCAAGCUAAAGCAGAGGCCCAAGCCCAAGCAGAGAAACUUCUGAUUGAAUCUCACAGUCAGAUUGAAAUUGCUCGUUUGAAAGCUGAAGCUGCUGAAAUUGAACAUGAUGCUUUAUUGUCAUCUCAAAACUUGAUUCGGUCUCAAGAAAUAGACUUUAAGAAAAAACAGAACUCUCUUUAUGUGAGCAAGGAAAAGGCUUAUGCAGCUCUAGAAGUGCGCAAGUUUACAGAAAUGGUGUCUGCUCUAGGAGCUCAGACGUUGGCUGCUAUGGCAAAUGCAGGACCAAACAAUCAGCUGAAUUUGUUGCAAAGUCUAGGACUGGAAAGUGUCUUGCUGACGGAUGGCAACUCUCCCAUCAACUUGUUCACCACAGCUGUUGAACUUGUUGGUCAACAGUCUGAACAGAAUUGUUAGAGUUCUUUUUUUUAUAGUCCAAUAAAUCUACAGCCAGUAACAGCUUCAACCACAAUUACUUAACUUUUCAUAACUAAAGGAACUUUGUUAAGAUGACUUAAGCCUUAUCUUUUGAUUCUAAUGUGAUAUUGUAGCAAUAUGUUCUUGUGUCUUGUGAUAGAACUUGUGAUUUUGUUUCUUUGGUGCUCUUUUUGCUCCAUUUUGUUUUCUUAAAGAUCUACAUUUCAAACAUUUAUACAACUUCUGUAUUUAUUUUUUUCUUUACAUUUUAUGUUUAGAAAGUAAACAUCCACAUUUCCUUCAGCUAGCUAUUUUGACUUUUAUUUACAUUGUUUAAUAUUUUCAUAUCUUAAACACUGUAAAAUACUUUACAUGAAAUAUAAUACAGAAAAAUAUAUUUUUUCCAAAUUUACAACUCUGAAAAAAAAACUUAUUUGAUCUGAAUAACAUUUAAAAUGUUAUGUAAAGAUAUUUUUUUAUUGCGUAUCAAAUACUUUUUUUCUGAAAAACAUUUUAUGCUCAACCAUCAAGCAUUGACAGCAUUUUUUGUAAAGUUAUUAUUAACUUUGUGUUUGUAGCUUUCAUUUUCCUUGUUCUAAAAUGUUUUUCCUUUGUACUUAGGGAAUUGAUUUUUUUAUUUGAAGUUAUAGCCACUAAGUGUGUCUUGUAAUUUUGUACAAAAUAUUACUUAGCUUCAUUACUAUAGUUCCAAUGAUUAUUAUUUUGAAAGUUACUUUAGAAAUUUAAAUAUGCAUGUAGAAUAAAUUCAUUUAUCUAAUUGUUUCUGUUUGCCUUUAAUGAUCAACAUAUCACAUAGUAUACAGAUUUAACUAGGUAAACAAAAGAAUGAAUUUAUUCAGUCUCUUUUUUAAUAUUUGUUCAUUGAUAAUCUUAUUUAAUAAUUUGUUGAAGUCAAUGUUUGUGAGGUGUUUAGAAAAGUAUCUGCCACUAUAACGGAAAAAAAUGUCCACAAACGUAAUCAAAAUUCCUUUGAGAGAUUAAUACAUCUCUUUCUUACAUAACAGCAAUGUACAAUUUAAUAUAAUAAUAUUGAGAAUGUGUGUGUGUUAUGUGACAUAUCAAAUAUUUCAGCUCUAACUGGGGUUAUUUUGUUUUCAUCAAAUCUUUGGUAUGUUUAAAUAUGUUUGAAUUUAGUACUGAUUUUGAAAAAAAUUUAGAUUACCUUAAUUUUUUAUUAUUUUUUUAUACUUAAGAAACACAAUUUAUGAUGAAAGAAUAAUGCUUUGAUAUUAUUAUAUUCCAUAUUUAUUCUCAUCAUUUAUCUUGUUGACUUCUGUGUUACAAACAAUUCAUAUCUUAAUUGCCAUAUAUAUACAUAUAUAUAUAUAUAUUUUUUAAUUAUUUUUUUUUUACACUGUAAAUGUUUUUCUCAAUUUCUUUUAAGUUUUUAUUUGGAAACAAAAGAUUGCAAUGAUCAUUACGACAAUGAAUAAAAAUAUGCUUAGGUUUGUUUUCAGAUCAUUCCAUUUUCCAUGAUGAACCUCAUUUGUCUUAUUUGACAUUUUGUUCUAUUAUUCUUAAGAAAAUGGACUGCUUUUCAAAAGAGACCAAAAAAAAAAUUACUUAUAGCUGAUGUAUCUAAAUAGUGCCUGAAAAAAAUGUUGGUAGAUGUUAUUAGUUGACUGUUGUUCUAAUGAACCAGUUUUCUAAUAAUAGCAUUUUUGUUUGGUUUGGCCUAGAGCCCAACAUCUGAGCCCAAUAAAUCACUUAUACAAAUACCACUGGCAGCAACUCCCCCAAUUAAGGGGAGGAAACCAAAUCUCCACUGGAGGGGAGAGAACUGCAGUCUGUUAUCUUUAUGACUAAACAAAUACAUGCUGCGUAGAUUUCUCUUUCUUCUCAAGUGCUGACAACUUACCUACUCGGCUGUCACUUGGAACAAGGGGGGAUUAUCUUGUAUCAAGUGAAAUAUCAAAGCAGCUUGAUAUUAAUAUCUUAAAUAUUUUCUUAUCACAAUGUGGUUUUUAGCAGGCUAUCACCCAUACAAUAUAUUUUGUCUGUUAUUUAUUCAGGUAUUUGCUAAGUAAAGACUGGCUUGAUGAAUUAGAUUAUUGGUUUAAUGAUUAGAUUAUUAGUUACUUUGUUGUAAUCCCUCCAGUUGCAAUGUUGAAGUUUAUACAAGGAUUAAAGACUUUUGACUUCUGUACUGUGCACAUACUAAAUUCUUUUACUAAUAAAGUUCAAAUAUUCGUU